GCUGCUUUCUGGUUACGCGGUUCAGAUAUGCAGAGCAGAACGUGUUUACAGUGCAACCAGACAAGCGCACUGAGUGACCAAGACAUUUAAUAUUGCGAAAGGAAAUAUAUGUACAUCAAGCAAAUACAAGAGCAUCAUAUCAAGUUCGAACAUGGCGAUUCCCCGGAGUAAAUACUUCUCCUUCACCCCAUCUUUGAGUUCCACUCUUCAUGCUCCUCCACAUUCUCGAUGCGGCAACUUGAGCCACCGGUUACUCUCUGCAUUGCGACCUGCGUCAACAGAUUAAUAAAUACUGCACAUCGCCCCUUCUUUUGCUCUCCAUCUCACUCGCUUUCCUUCCAAUUUACUUCCCUCAUAAUCAUGGCUCCUGGAGAACUUAUCAACCAUGUCGAUGAGAGCGACCGAUUCUCGAGCGAUGCCAUCAGCCAUCCGCUCAAGUCCCACAGCAAAUUGAUCCAUCCGCCAUUUUCCAAUCCUUCGUUGCAGGUGACUGCAGACCAUAAUUUAAAACAAGUCGACGCUCCUGUGUACGCCCCGCAGGAAGGCGAGGUGUUGUUGCAGAUCAAGGCUACUGGGAUUUGCGGGUCAGAUGUUCACUUCUGGAAAACCGGUCGCAUUGGAUCCUUGGUUUUCGAGGGCGAUUGCAUAGUUGGACAUGAAGCCUCGGGUGUUGUUUUGAAGUGUGGUCCGGGGGUGAAGGGUCUAUCGCCUGGUGACGGAGUUGCACUCGAGCCGGGUGUUCCCUGUGACAGCUGCUUUCUGUGCAGCGAAGGCCGCUAUAAUCUUUGCGAAGAUGUUCAGUUCGCCGGUGUUUACCCCUAUGCUGGCACCAUGCAGCGAUAUAAAGUCCAUCCGGCAAAAUGGGUUCACAAGCUCCCCGAUAACGUCAGCUUCGCCGAGGGAGCUCUCCUUGAGCCCCUUUCCGUCGUCAUGCACGGCAUUCGCUCCGCUGGGCUCACUCUCGGACGAGGUGUAGUCGUUUGCGGUGCUGGUCCCAUCGGUCUUAUUGCCUUAGCAGCUGCGCGCGCAUCCGGAGCCCACCCCAUCGUCGUCACAGAUCUUGAACCCCGCCGACUAGCCUUCGCGAAAGAGUUCGUCCCGUCCUGUCUUACCUACCAGGUUGAUACGUCACUAGACGCCCAAGGCAACGCGGCCGGCAUCCGAAAAUUAUUUGGAGACGAAGAAUACUUCGCACCCGAGACUGUGUUGGAAUGCACGGGCGUGGAGAGCAGUGUCUGCACGGCAGCUUAUACGGCGCGCCGGGGCGGUACGGUCAUGGUGAUUGGGGUUGGGAAGGCGAUUAUGAACAACUUGCCGUUCAUGCAUCUUUCGUUAGCGGAGAUUGAUUUGAGAUUCAUAAACCGCUACCGAGAUACCUGGGCGCCCGGAGUUACAUGCCUGAGCGGAGGGAUCCUGGACUUGAAGAAACUAGUCUCGCACGUCUUUCCGUUGGAAAAGGCUGAAGAGGCCUUGCGAUUCUCCUCGGAUACCAGGAACGGGAGUAUUAAGGUGUUGGUGGUGGAUGAGGUUGAGGCAACGUUAUAGAUCAUGAAUGAAUAGAGCAAACUUUGACAUCAAGCGAUAGAGAGUGUUAUAGAUGAUGAUAGCUUUUAUGGACUUUCCUUAUAACUUGGAGCUACUUUUGUUUGAAGGCGAAUUGCUCAAUUGGUGGCAUAUAUACCGUAUGCAAUUUGCAAUACUAUAUUUUCUAAAUUUUGAAAAUUCUUUCGUUCUUUCCCCUUUCCUUUUCUUCUUCUUCGAUUUGAUACUCUCCAUUUACAAU